AUGACUUCCUCCUAUCCAGGUAAAAUUUCCAACUGGCUCGAGGCCAAUCAAGCUUUCGUCAAAGACGUGUUCCCCUCGUUGCCUCAGCCAUGGCACAUGGCUCAGCGCCGGCUCCUUGCCAAACAAAGCGGGCAGACGACCUUGGUCUUGACCUGCCUCGACCCCCGGUGCGUGCCGGAAGCGUUCUUCGGCCCCGGGUUUGACGGCGGAGUGAUUCGGAAUGCCGGCGGCCGGGCUACGGACGAUGCGAUCCGUAGCCUGACCGCUUUGCGCGGGUUGGCGGGCCUUAAGAAUGUCGUGGUCAUUCAUCACACUGGCGAUGCAGACUGUGGCGUCAUGCACUUGAAGCCGGAUGAGAUAAUCGAAACAGUGGCAGUGGAAGGAGCAGAGGCAAAGCGCGCGGCCGAGAAGAUCGACUACAAACUAUUCUCCUUCGACGAGUUCGAGGAGUCUAUCAAGGAGGAUGUCCGCCUGCUGAGGAAUGCAAAGUCUCUGGCUGGUGUGAAUGUCUUUGGAUUUAAAUUGGAUACUUUCACUGGGGAAAUUGAGCCGGUCGAGGUUUGA